AUGACCUCAAAGUGUUCGGUGAGUACAAAGGAGGUGUGUGUUCCAGUCGUGUCCUGUGUGAACGUGAGCUCUGACAGUGUCACUCUGCAGUGUUCAGUGAAGCACACAGAGCAGACCACACUGAGCUGGUUCAGAGGAGGUCAGUCUGUGGUCAGCAGCAGCUCUGCAGUGCUGCCCCUCACUGUCCAACAGAGGAACUACACCCACCAGUACAAAUGUGUGUCUCAGAACCCUGUGGGGGAGAAGACUGCUACAGUGAAGAUAACGGAAAUCUGCACUGAAGAAAAUACUGAAAACAAACAUUGGAGCGUCUUCUGUGCUGUGCCGCCUAACACCGGACCUGAAACAGAUACAGGCUCGUCCAGGAUUGAUGACUGCAGCAGCCAAGAUGCCGUUAUUCCAGGCCUGGACCUGUGUGCACCUGUGCUGCAUAUCUGA